AUGGACAGCCGCCUCCUCGAGCACCCCCAUGCCCAGUUUGGCGGCAUGGUGGGCUUCCCCUACCCCAUCGGGCCCCCCCACGUCUACGAGCUGGCCGGCCACCAGCUCCAGGCCGCCGCCGCCGCCGCCGCCGCCGCCUCGGUGCCCUUCUCCAUCGACGGAUUACUCAACGGCUCCUGCGCCGCCGCCGCCGCCGCCGCUGCCGCUGCCGCCGCCGCCGCCGCCUCGGCGGUCAACCCCAACCCGCUCCUCCCCUCCGGCUGCGGCGUCAACGGGGAGGCUCAGCCCUUCAAGCUGGCCGACUCGGUGGAUCCGGACAAGGAAAGUCCCGGGUGCAAGAGACGAAGGACCCGGACGAAUUUCACGGGUUGGCAGCUGGAGGAGCUGGAGAAAGCCUUUAACGAAAGCCAUUAUCCCGACGUCUUUAUGCGGGAAGCCCUGGCCUUGCGGCUGGAUCUGGUGGAGUCGCGAGUGCAGGUCUGGUUCCAAAACCGCCGGGCCAAGUGGCGCAAGAAAGAAAACACUAAAAAGGGUCCCGGCCGGCCGGCCCACAACUCGCACCCCACCACCUGCAGCGGGGAGCCCAUGGAUCCGGAGGAGAUCGCGCGCAAGGAGCUGGAGAAGAUGGAGAAGAAGAAGCGCAAGCACGAGAAGAAGCUGCUGAAAGGCCAGGCCCGCGGCCUCCACUCGCCCAGCGGCCUCUCGGUCAACAGCAGCACGCAGAGCUCCGACAGCGACGCGGGGGGGGGCGGCCUCUCCCCGGACCCGCCCGACAGCUGCAAGACGCCCUCGAGCAGCGGCCACCAUCACCACCACCACGCGCCCUUGCCCGGCGGGUGCGACCCGGCCGCCGCCUCGGCUUUCUACCCGGGCCGCUGCGCCGCCAAGGACCACCCGGGGGGCCCGUCGGGAUCGGAGUGCGCGGGGGGCCCCCCUGCCCUGCCCGGCGGCUACCCCAAGCUCAACCCCUUCAGCGUGGAGAGCCUUUUGUCGGACUCCCCGCCUCGGCGGAAAGCGGCGCUGGACUUCUCGCCGGCCCUGGCUCCGUGCGCCCCUGCGGCGCGCACCCUGAUCGGCAAGGGCCACUUCUUGCUCUACCCCAUCACGCAACCGCUGGGCUUCAUCGUGCCCCAGGCCGCCCUGAAGAGCAACCCGGCCCAGGAGGCUCCCCAGCGGGGCUCCCCGCUCCCCGCCGCCAACCCCAGCCCGGACCCCGCGCCCCCCAAGAGUAGCAGCACGGCCGCCAUCUCCACGCCGGGCACCGACGGCGGCGGCGCCUCCUCCUCCUCCUCCCUGCCCAGGAAGGUCCUGGCCUCGCCGCUGGCCGCCCCCUGCUCCUCCUCGGCCGCCUCCCCCGCGCCCUACGGCGGAGACUCGGCUUCCCAGGGGGAGGGCAGCGGCGGCUCCUCGUCGCCCCCCAAGUCGCCCCCCAAGGAGGCCGCCCACGCCGCCAAAGGCAACCCGGAUUGCCGCACGACGGAGCGAGACUGUGCGACGGAGACCAACAGUUUAGACUGUGAGGAGGUGGAUAUGGACUAG